CUCUCCUCGGUUGUCGCUGCCUCGGUCACUCGCUGUUCGGGUCUCAUUUGUGUUGCAAAGCCCUUCCGCAGGUUUUUAUUCUCCAUACUGUACAGUACAUUUUGUCCUUGAACAGUCUUAUCCCACUACAAUCGCGCUAUCGCACCCGCACCGCCACCAUGGCUAUCGACGACAUCACCGCUCCCCAAGCAGCGGUACCGCAGCCUAUUGACAUUGCGGCAUGGACUGAGCAGGCGACGGCCGCUAUGGGCUCGGUCGCCAUCUCUACGCCUGCUCCAAUCGUUCAGGGAACCUCGGUUGUGUUCGACAUCCCGCUCGAUGAACUCGAUGCGCCGGCUCGCCCUGCGCUCGCUACAACAGGCCAGGUGCAUACUGUGUAUAAGCGCAAGGAGCUCGUUCGUCGUGACAGCCUGAAGAGGCGUGAGGCGGUGCUCAAGGGCAAGGAGGGCAGCCGGCGCAGGCAGAGGUGGGAGAACGACCGCCUCCUGAACAACCCCCAUGCCGAGCCCCCCGCCCCCCAUGACUGGGAAGUCCACCCGACCCACCGCGUGCGCAACGUCCCCUACUACCUCGCCCCUCUCUGGGACGCAGGCCUGAAGCGCCAGUCCACCAAGCGCCACGACGCCGCUGUCGCCGAGAAAAACGCCACCAAGACCGUCGCCAACAAGCCCACAGUCCCCGGCGUGGUCCCGAAGGAGCUGCGCGAGAAGCUCAAGCGCAGCCGCGGCGCCAAGGGCCUGCUGAUGGAUCUCGAGGGCGAGGUGCGCCGCUUCGUGUCCGAGUGGGAGGCCAACGCGCGCGCCGCCGAGGAAGACGGGUUGCCCACUGACCCAGACUCCGAGGACGAGGAGAUUGUGUUUGUGGGCCGCAAUGGGCAGACGCAUGAUCAUGAUGGUGCAAGCGCGCAGCUCAAGCGCGAGCUCAUGCUGUUUGAGACACCGGAGGGCGAUAACGGCGGUACCUUUGGGCGCUGGCUGGUCCAUCAUAUUGGCGUGUACUAUGGACUGACUACGUGGUCGGUCACUGUGGGCACGCCGGCGAGGCGGGAGGCGUACAUUGGCAUCAAGGACCCCAUGCGUAGUGGCAGAAGGGCAGUGUGCAGUCCCAUGCCUACGCCGCUGUGGGGUAUGGUGUGAGUGAACUGCGCACUUGCUGUUUCCUAGCUGGUGCUUUGCCUCUCCCUUCUUUCGGCUUGUUGCUUCGCCGCGUGCAUCCUGUGCAUAUAGACGCGCAUAUGGCACUUGAGUGUGCUGGCAAUAGACUAUGCAUUGGUCGUAUUUGCGUGAGUUCCUAGUCCAGAGUGAUUGGAUUUCUGAUGACACAACAUGAAUGAUCUUCUCCAAUGUAGUGAAGGUGAGUCGUGUACAUGGCCUUAGCACAGCCUUCUAUCAUUUAGCCAGGACGUAAGUAUGUGAGAGCCGUAGAAUGCAAUUCAGUCAACACACACUACGCCAAGAUAGGGAUGGCGCCCGCAAUGAAGAUCCACCUGGCACGUACCCGUGUCUCAUCUCAACCUCCAGCUCACCCAUAAUGUCUCUCACCAAUCACUGCCAUUGUUCCUCUCCCAUCCGGUCUGACCA